AUGGUCCAGGUCACACCUCAUACACACAGCGGGACUAUAACGCGCUUUGCCUUCCAUGCCUAUAUCCAACUUGUACACGAUGGCUCCAAAAUUGUUCCGGAACCUUGUCCCCCUGCUGAGCCCCCACCUCUUCCGGCUCCCACAUCACGAUCACAUUCUCAAUUCUCUCCACAGCCUGGCUCUCCGCUCCCCGUGGAUGGGGACCAACACUCAGACCCAGAACACCCAGAAGUGGAGGUUCCCCAACGCGGCUCUCCACUGCCAAUGGAUGUGGAUGAAAGCUCAGAUGGCCUCGAAGCCGAGUUCACUGAUGCGAGUGAGCAUUUCUAUCGUACAUACCACCUGUAUCUUAAUGGACAACCAUGCACAGCUGAUGGUGUGAUUCUCCCACCUGAUAGCCCACCAUUCCCAGCACCUGAAAAAUCCCCAGAUGACUGGACUCCGUACCGCAAUAGGAUUGAAUUUGAGCUUGCUGAACUGCUAUUCAAAUGA